AUGGGUCCAUGGUUCUAUUUCAAAGUAUAUAUUCUACGCCUCUUAACUCGCCUAUUCGCUUGGCUUGACCGAAGAGGCGGCCCCUCGCGACCACCCAGCCCAAGUUUGAAAGUAAACAUCCCGUCAAGACUCUCCGCUUCCAAAGGAUCAUUCGAUGUGUUUUUCUAUUUCCCACCCGGCUAUGACCGCAACUAUUCCAAGGAAAACGGAUACCCAGUUGUUGUUAACUUUCACGGGGGAGGUUAUUGCGUCGGGCAUGCUCGCGACGAUGAACGCUUCAUCGCCGAGUUGACAUCUCGCGGUGCUGUCGUUGCAAGUGUCAAUUACCGUCUAGCACCUGAGAGUCCAUAUCCAGUCGCGAUCGAAGAUUGUUUAGACGCAUUGCUUUAUAUCUGGCGCAACGCGGCCUCUUUCCAGAUUGACAAGCAUCGAACGGUUCUCUCCGGCUCAAGUGCCGGUGGCCAUCUUGCCUUCGCUUCACUUCUCAUGCUAUGGAAGAGGAUGAAGGAUAAAACCUCCGGGUUGAUAGUUCACACAUGGGAACCGUCAAAGGAUUAA